AUGGCAACUCGUUGUGCUGUUUGUUCAAAGACCAUUAAUAAUAAUAAUAAGGAACGUUUACGUACUGUAACAUUUGAUACUGAAGCCAAAAUAAAAUUCGGUUAUUAUUCUCAGCACAAAGAAGUCUUAAAUGGUUCUUUAUUUGGAACAAAAAUUCAUGAAACAUGUUAUAAAAGGUAUUAUGAUCGGUGGUACAAUAAAUUUGUUAGAAAUAUAACGAAUGAUUGUAAACAGGAAACAAGUUCAGUUAGCAAUGAAAACCAUGAUAACGAUGAUGAUAUAAGCGAAAAUAAUGAUAAUGAUAAUAAACCAAAUGAUCUUUCUUGCUCAACAGCAAUAUCAACAAAUCCAGCAGUCAUUAAGAAACAAGUAGCGUUCGAGGUGUGGGUGUGGGUAUGA